AGCACUGACCUGAGUGCAGCCCAAGAGGUCCAAAUAGAUGAUUCUGUGACAGCCUUUCCCUGCGGCCAGGGACUGCAGCUGUAACUUCACCCUCACCGACACUCCCUGUGGCUAUCUGCGCUCCGCGUUCGGCCUCUGUGUCUGGCGCCAGGAUGCGGCUCAGCUCGGCCCUGCUGGUGCUCCUGAUCCUGGGGUUCGCUGAGCUCAGGAAGGCCAGGCCGGGAGGUGGGCGUGGCAGGGGGCGUGGUCGGGGCAGGGGCAGGGGCAGGGCGGGCACCGUCAAGCGAUUUGCCGCCGACUGCAAGGAGUACUUCGAGGACGGGCAGAAGCACCUGGACUGCCAGGACAGGCAGCUGACCGCCGUCACCAUGGGCUGGCCUGAGGACACUGUGCACCUGCUGCUGGCCAGGAAUAAGAUCCAGGUGCUGCGAGACAACAGCUUCUCGCAGUUCAGGAAACUAAAGAGCCUGGACCUGCAGCAGAACGACAUCUCCAUGAUCGAGGAGGGUGCCUUCAACGGGCUCAGCCAGCUGACCACCCUGCUGCUGCAGCACAACCGUCUGCAGGUGCUGACCGAGGAGGUGCUCCUCCCGCUGCCCCGCCUCAGCUACCUGCGCAUCUACGACAACCCCUGGAGCUGCCACUGCCACCUGGACAGCCUGGUCAGGCACCUGCAGGUGCCCAGCAACCGUAACCUGGGCAACUACGCCAAGUGCGUGGAGCCGGCCAAUCUGAGGGGCCAGAAGCUGAAAAAGAUGAACCCGGAGAUGCUGUGCCCGGAGCUGCAGGAGAACACCCUGAGGGAGCCCGAAGAUGUCCCGCAGGGGCCCAUAGCGGGCAAGAAACACCCCGACUACACCACCACCUGCCGCACCUACAUGUUCCCCAAACCCUUCCUGGACUGCAGAAACCAAGAUCUGAAGAAUGUUCCGGCUGACCUCCCCUCUGACAUAGUCAAGAUGGACCUCUCCAAAAACAACAUCAAACACCUGAGAGCCAAGGAGUUUGUGUCUGUCAAGGACCUGAAAUUUCUCAACCUCAGCAGCAAUAACCUGGACCGUAUUGAUACAGCUGCCUUCGCCGGCCUCCUGUAUCUCAGAGAGCUGGACCUCUCCAACAACAGCCUGCGCUAUUUCCAGUACGGCGUGCUGGAGGACCUGUACUUCAUCAGGAAGCUGGCUCUGGGAGAUAACCCCUGGAUAUGUGACUACAACAUUCACUACCUGAUCUACUGGCUGAAGCACCACACCAGCGUGGAGUACACUGGCCUGGUGUGCAGCUCGCCUCCAGAGUUCAGCGGCUGGCUCGUGGAGGACUAUGUCAAAACCUACAACGCAGAGUGUCCCAAAGAUAUCCUGCUGGGCCAGGCAGACGCUGGCCAGGAGCUCAAUGCGGAGACAGAGGAGCAGGAGAAAGAGCUGCUCCCCAGGCCUUUAACAGGACCAAAGAAAUUCGAAAUCAUAAGGUUGAGUUAAAAAAGGAAACAAAUUUUCAAUUCUUAAAGAACUGUCU